CUAACUAGGGUCUGGAGUGAGUGCAAAUCACUGUAUUAUAGAACAAAGGGAUUCCUUUUCAUAAACGUUGCUUUUCUCUGCUUUGUUUAUCUAGGUCACCAUGGAGACCUUGGCGCCUCAUCCGCCGAUGUCAUCCUCCCCGGCGCCGCCUAUACGGAGAAGUCGGGAACGUACGUGAACACGGAAGGGCGCGCCCAGGAAGGUCGCCAGGCCGUCACACCACCGGGAAUGGCACGGGAAGAUUGGAAAAUUCUCCGAGCUCUCUCUGAAAUCGCGGGUGUAACGCUGCCCUAUGAAAAAUUAGACGACGUCCGCGAUCGGAUGGAGGACAUCUCGCCCACUCUGACUUGCUAUGAUGAGGCACAAGAAGCUAACUACUUCCAACAGGCUAAGGAGUUAGCUGAUACCGUCUCUACCAAAUUGAGUCCUACACCCCUGAAACCAGAACAGAUAACUCUGAAAGAUUUCUUCAUCACGGACUCUAUAACCCGAGCGUCACAGACGAUGGCCAAGUGCGUGAAGGCGACUUUAGCAGAAGAAGGCUCGGGAUAGACAGGGUUCAUAAUUGUGCAUGGACACCAUUCAUUUUCAAUGAGGCUUUCAGUUUGUGAUGUUAGCAACACUUUUAUGAAGGAUAGGAGACAGAUUAAAGCACGGAUUAGUGAUAAUCUUUUUUUGUCCGACAAGUUGUACUGGUGAUUAUGAGUUGUGUAUAAAAGCUUUCGACGUUUAGCCAGUGUGCCACACUAGGUAGAGUGGCCAGCAAUUUGAGGUACGACGGCCCUAUAGGAACUGUCCACAAAGUUCCAGAGCAAGGUUGGGUGGCUCUACCUAGGUAGGUAGGUAAGCUGCCAAGGUAGGGUGGCUCUACCUAGGUAGGUAGGUAAGCUGCCAAGGUAGGGUGGCUCUACCUAGGUAGGUAGGUAAGCUGCCAAGGUAGGGUGGCUCUACCUAGGUAGGUAGGUAAGCUGCCAAGGUAGGGUGGCUCUACCUAGGUAGGGUGGUAAGCUACCAAGGUAGGGUGGCUCUACCUAGGUAGGGUGGUAAGCUACCAAGGUAGGGUGGGCCACCCUGACAAAGGCCUUGUGGGAACACUGAACAUCAAUGUUUCUGCUAACAUUGAUAGUGCGACUAGAGUAUUGAUAGGAUAAGAUGAGCGGCGAGACCGCUUGCUGUCGUAUAUUGUAAAUAUCUUCAUGUGUCAAUCAUUACCUGACUUCUGUCGGCUUCAAAUGUCCCUUUUGUCAGACCUGAUGUCAGUUGAAUCACCCGAAGUGGUUUAAAAACCGUCUAGCUAAAAAACCAGUACCGUCAAUCUUCGGCGGUUUGCCGUAAAACUGUGUAUUUUGCAAGCUUUUUAUGAAUUUUUGCUGUUGAUGUGCACAAAUUUCACCUCGAAUGCAUUAACAAUAACAUUUUGGCAGCAAUCACAAUAUUCAGUCUCUCGCCAAAUGCAAAGUGAGAAAAUGCGCCAAAUUAUAGCGUUGUGAAAUUUUCAUGGUUUACAGUAUUGAAAAUCGACUUUAUGUGCCAGUAAAAAGAACCUCUCUACUAAGGACACCCUCGGGACUGACAUAUGCUCUCCUUACUAGAGUGGUGUCCUGAUUAGAGAGGUGUCCUGCAUAGAGAUGUCAAAUUGAAUGGAAACGACCACUUUGGGAGCAAAACUAGAGGAAGUGCCUAGUAGAGACAUCCGCUAAGACAAGUUCCAUUUCACUGUGAAUGUUACUUUUGACCAUUACUUUGUACAGUUGUUUGGGGAGGAGUGAGAUAAUAAGUGACAUGAUUGUUUGACAAAAUUCUUCUGCUCAUUUCAUUGCCAGUUUAUCUAAUGGAAAGGUUAUGAAAAUGACCCUUCUGUACCAUGUGUCCAUCUCGGUAGC